CUAGGGUAUAUUGCUCCACAUGUUCUUUCUCUUUACAUCUUCGAGACAGAAUGCCACCCAAGAAGGACCCUAAGAAGGACUCUAAGAAGCCCCAGAAGUCACAGAAGCCAACAGGCUCUGGUGGUGGGAAGGCUAAGAAGAAGAAGUGGUCCAAGGGAAAAGUCCGUGACAAGCUCAACAACUUGGUCCUCUUUGACCAGGCCACAUAUGACAAGCUCUACAAGGAGGUCCCAAGCUACAGGCUCAUUACUCCCUCUGUUGUGUCUGAAAGACUAAARAUCCGUGGCUCUCUUGCCAGGCGUGCUCUCUUGGAGCUCAAGAAUAAAGGUCUUAUCAAGGAAGUAUCAAAGCACAGUGCUCAGCUUAUUUACACCAGGGCUACGAAGGGCGAGGGAGAUGAAGAGUGAUCUGUAAUGAAGAGCUAUUCAGAAUAAAAUUACAAAUUGUCAUACA